AUGACCGUCCAGACAGAGCAUGAUGGUGCAAAGGAGCUCCUCCAGCAUGAAAACGCGCAAUCCGGAGCGUCUCCGAUUGACGAACGAGAUGCGCCGGUAUUCCAAUUGCCUGCGAUCGACGCAUUGAAAGCAAUGACGGCUCAUUUGACGGAAUUGGCGCGUGUUACCGGAGAUGUCCCUACGACGCCUUAUGCACAGCAGCAGCCUCAGAGCUCGGAGGACCCAAAUCAGGAUAUAAUCGCCGAGAAACAGAUGCCGACUGUCAGUAUUACCGAGUUACACUGUGCAAGCGACGCCUCUGCGGGCUCUCCUUCCGCCGGAGUGAUCCAGCAUAAUGUUUUGGUGAAAAGAUUCUACUCGAAGAAAGCUCCACCCAUCUCACUGGAGGAUUAUCUUCUUCGCCUCCACAAAUACUGCCCCAUGUCGACUGCUGUUUAUCUUGCAGCGAGCCUUUACAUUACGAGAAUGGUGUUUACGGAAAAGGCCCUGUUCGUCACUCCCCGCAAUGUCCAUCGUUUGGUGCUUGCCGCUCUCCGAGUGGCUAUGAAGGCAUUGGAAGAUCUGAGUUAUCCUCAUGCUCGCUUCGCCCGAGUCGGUGGUGUAGCAGAGCGCGAACUUACCCGGCUUGAAAUCACGUUUUGUUUUCUUACAGAUUUUGAUCUACGUGUCGAUGCACAUGCACUACUAUGUCAAAACAAUCUACUCAAUGGGACGCCCGCACCGACGGAGAGUAACAAGAAUACAAGCAUUGGCGCUUCAAAUAUUCCUACAACGGAAGCCGCCGAGGUUCAGGCAUAA